ACACACACACACACACACACACACACACACACACACACACACACAAUGUUGGCUUAUUUCCCUCACUUACUUUGCUGAUGUGGUUAUUAAUGAUGCCAUCAAGCCUUGAUUCAUAUCUCCAUUAGAUUUCAGCCAAUAGCUUGCUGUAUUGAUGCGAAUCUUUCUUUCCAACACCAUAUAAAAUACUAUUCUCCCAUCUCUGUCAUCAAAUUUUUUUGUCUUCCUAGUAUACCUCACCAGAAGGCAAGUAUUUACAGGAAUCACCUCUAGAUUCUUGUAUUUGUGUGAACAAUUCCCCCAGGACAUAUUCCUGUUCUUGCAACUUGGCAGUGGAAUACCCCCUCAUGGCCUCCAUGUUCCAUAUGGAUCAUGGUUUGAGCACAUCCGUGGCUGGCUGUCCAUGAGAGAAUGGGACAACUUCCUGGUGCUCUACUAUGAAGACAUGAAAAAGGAUACAAAGGGAACCAUAAAAAAGAUCUGUGACUUUCUAGGGAAAAAAUUAGAGCCUGAUGAGCUGGAUCUAGUCCUGAAGAACAGCUCCUUCCAAGUCAUGAAAGAAAACAACUUGACCAAUUUUAGUAUCGUCAAAAAAGAUAGGUUUCCUAAUGGCUUGAACCUCAUGAGAAAAGGCACAACUGGGGACUGGAAGAAUCACUUCACAGUAGCCCAAGCUGAAGCCUUUGAUAAAGUAUUCCAGGAGAAAAUGGCUGGAUUCCCUCCAGGGAUGUUCCCAUGGGAAUAAGUUUUCAAAAAUUUAAAUAUUAUAUGAACACUGAUGUUUAUGUUCCUGUUGUUCAAUAUGUGAAUAACUGAAUGUGGUCAUAAAAUAAAUACCAUUGUGGAAUUGUGAAGGUGACUUUUAAAAAUAAAACAUAGUGUUACUAA